AUGAUCCACCUCAUUCUUCUAUUCUUGGUUUGUACUAACUUUUCUCUUGUAUAUUCUUCAACAUCGUGUGUAACUGGGUACACAUUAGUCAAUCAGAAAUGCUGGAUGUUAGUCUCUCAAUCUGCCGAUGAGCCAACUGCAGAUGAAUAUUGUCGACUUAACGGAGGAGGAGUUAUCGCGACAUUGAAGAAUGCAAUCGACAAUCGAGGACUACUCACAAUUCUCAAUGGAACAAGUGUUAGCCGUUUGUGGAUUGGAAUGAUAUGUACUGGACUUUCACCGUCUACUUGUCGAUGGGCGGAUACAACUACUGUACAGUAUACAAGUUUCUCUAGUGGUUUUCCGAAUGAUCGUUUCGGACAGUGUGUCUACUAUUCAGCAGAUGGCUAUCCAGCGGGUCAGUGGGCUAGCGGACCUUGUGAGGAACAGCUUCCAUUUGUGUGUGAACUUCCGACAACUUCUCCAGAUGUGACCGGAGACUGUCUCGAUUAUGCAAACUAUAAUAACUACUGUUACAUGAAAGAAGAAGAUGUUCAAUCCUUUUCGUGGGCUCAGAAAGACUGUGCUCGACACGGUGCAAACUUAGUAUCUAUUCACUCUUACCUGGAGAAUCGAUUCAUCACUUCUCUUUUUCAAGAAGGAAAAAUGGAUUUGUGGAUUGGAGCACUCGCUCCUGGAUCUGCACUCAUCGUUUGGACUGAUGGAACACCGAAUAAUUAUUACAAUUUGAAGAAUAGUGGGAAUGGAAGUUGUGUUUCAAUGGGUUUCGACCCGAAUACUAAUUCUACUGGAGACUGGUCUUCAGAUGAGCGAUGCAGAGAAAACGGAGGAGGAAUAUUAGUGACAAUGAAAAACGCCAUCGACAACAGAGCGUUGCUAACCGUACUUAAUGGAACAGGAAUUCAUCGUCUUUGGAUGGGAAUGACGUGUAGGGAAUCAUCAGUUUCCUGGUGUCAAUGGGCGGAUAAAACCGAUGUGCAAUACAAUAGUUUUUCUAGUGGAUAUCCAAAUAGUCAAGUUGGUAAAUGUGUCUACUACAAUUCGUACGGCGAUCUAACAGGCCAGUGGACUAGUGAGCCAUGUGAAGAGAAACUGCCGUUCGUGUGCGAAAUUUUGUCAUCCACUCCAGAAAUUGUUGGAUCAGAUUGUUACAGUCAAUAUAAUAAUUUUUGCUACACUCGUGUUCGUGAUAAGUUGUCAUUCAAAGCAGCUCAACAGAAUUGUGUCCUGAAGAAUUCUAGCUUAAUUUCGAUUCAUUCCUAUCUGGAAAACCGUUACAUUACUACACUGUUUAAUAUUGAUGGAAGUGUCUGGUUGGGAGGACAAAUAACUCCGUACGAUACACUUGAAUGGACUGAUAUGACCCCAUAUGAUUACUCUAAUCUGAAACAUGUUGGUAAUGGAACUUGUGUUUCAAUUGGUCUUGUCAAGUAUACAAAUGCAAUGGAUUGGUCAACUGGAAACUGUGAAUCUACUUAUCCAUCUAUUUGUAAACGACCUUUAACCAUUUGA